AUCCACUCACUGUCAGCCAAUUCCAUCGCAGAAAGCAGCUCGGCCCCCUGCCCUUUCUCCCGCAACAAACAAGAUGGCAAAGCGUUUGAUUCCUUCAUUUAAUCGCAUUUUGGUUGAGAAAAUAAUCCCUCCUUCUAAAACCAACUCUGGGAUCUUGCUUCCUGAGAAGACCCCCAAGUUGAGCUCCGGCAAAGUGGUAGCAGUUGGACCAGGAGCACGAGACAGAGAUGGGAAACAUAUCCCAGUUAAUCUAAAGGAAGGAGAUACGGUCCUUUUGCCUGAAUAUGGAGGCACCGAAGUCAAGCUGGGUGAAAAAGAGUAUCACCUAUAUAGAGAUGAUGAUAUCUUGGGGAUCCUUCAUGACUGAUUUGCAGCUUUGGACAGGAGAAUAGGAUUCUCUAUAUUCAAAUAUGAUUCAACUUGGACUUGUGAGACUAGUAUUUUGCAACAUGUUUGAGACUUUUUAUUUGUUAAAGGACAUUUUGGAUGGGGAGAAGUAAUGUUGCUUAAAAUCUUCC